AUGUAUCCUACUACGAUCAGUGUUUUGGGCCUUGCUAUGGCCGGCCUCUCUCUUGCCCAAACCAGCACCGUCAAUCUCUAUAUGCCCGGUUUUGAUGCAAACUCAUUCGUCGCCUCCGUGGCUGGCUCAGACAAAGCAGCUACAACUUAUGCCAUAACAUGCGCGCCUACGGUCUCCCUCCGUGAUUGUGGCAUGAGGAGCGCAAUUUUGCUCACAGAGGGCCCGGCAACGGCCAAAUUCACCAUGUCUGCGGAAGUAGAUGAGAAGGGAGAGCUCGCAUUCACUGGUUAUAUCGACUGCUCCCUCGCCGGCACCACCUCCGCCGUCUGCGUCGAAUCAUUCGGUGGCAAGGAUGCCAAUUUCCCAGGUAUAAGCACAGAGACGUACUCCGGAACGGAUGUGUUAUACCAGCCAGUUCUUAUCACAGCGAGAGCAGCGGCAGGCUCUGGUGGUUCACCAAGCUCGGUUGUACCAUCGACUACGAAGACUGGUUCGGAGGCUACGAACACGUCGGGUGGCAGUAUGAAGACUUCGGCAUCAGGAGCAACUUCGACUGGUUCGCCUCAGCCUACGUCUUCGAAAUCAGCGGGCGUAGCGGCGGUUAUGGGAAAUAAGGGAUGGGCUUUGGGAGGUGCGGCUGUGGCGAUAGCGAUGAUGGGAUAG